AUGGCUACAAUUUUGUCAUCGAAGAUGCUUGCUCUCUUGGUUAUCUUUUGUUUAUCUAUGGAAAUCUACACAUUUCCUGUUGAAUUAACAGCAUUCAAAGAACAAGAGCAAACAACUAAACCACAGAUACCGAUGAGCGCGCCUGUAAUACCUUAUUCAGUUACUCAGAAUGGUCAAGGCGCAGUAUAUGAUUGGCAAAAUGAUAAAAUCACGAUACGCUUAGCUGCAAGUCAAACACAAGGAUCGUUUACUCUAACUGAAGAUGCUAUGAAACCGACAUUCGCACUCGGUCUUCAUAUGCAUAGAAAACAUACCGAAACAUUUCAUGUUCUCGAAGGAGAACUUGAAUUUCGUUUGGGUAAGAAUACACAGAUUGCACGAGCUGGAACAACAAUUCAUGUUCCAUCAAAUAUACCUCACGGCGUUCGAGUUAUCAAUGGACGACCGGCUCGCAUGCUGAUGCUCUUUGCGCCAGGUGGAUUUGAGAACGUUCUCAAAGAAAUGAAAACAUUUACGGAUGCGCAGUUUGCCGAUGAAAAGUUCAUGAAAGCAUUCAAUGAAAAACAUGAUAAUAUUAUAUUAGAAUGA